GAAUUACUAAAUUAGUCUCAAAAUGUUUUUGCCUCAAAGUGUGUCUGUUCUAUUGGCAUUCCUUGUGAGUGCAGGAGCUCAAAAUGCUGCCAAUCUUACAAAUAGCAAUAGAUUUCCCCUAUCAGAUGAAGCUAAGGAUAUUCUAAUGGAAUUGGACGAGGAACUGAUUUUCAAUUUAUAUGAUUAUGCAGAAAAACUAGAAGAAAGGGCACACCAUAUAGAAAGAAUAGUCAAAGAAAUUCGAGAGCCCUUGAACGCAGCAAAGGGCAUUGAAGAGGAAUAUCUAUCCAAUCCUUUGCACAGUUUUCCUCUAAUUCGACAUUUGUACGAGGACUGGGGCUAUAUAGAGGAGUUCAUGCAAAGGCCAGUAGGUGAAGAUCAAAUAAAUUUUCUCAAACAACAUCUUCAAGAGCUACCCAGACACUCGGAUGUGGUGGAGGCCACAGAGGCCUUAUCUCGAAUACAACAUACCUAUGGUCUCACGGCUUUGAAAAUGAUCAGUGGCCACAUAGAAGGAAUACAGUUCAAUUCCACUCUCACAGCGCUGGAUUGCUUUGCCCUUGCGAAAUUUCACUUGAAGAUUGGUAAAAUCAAAGAGGCUUAUCAGUGGCUACAGAAUACCAUAAACACUAUGCAUGAAGAUUAUGAAGAAGUUUAUGAGAUCCUUGGGCUUUUCCAAAACGAUGUGGUCUUGCUGAUGGCUCGAUGCCUGACGAAAUUGGGUCGUAAAGAUGAUGCUCUUUCUCUAUUACAGUCCCAGCCCGACUUCGCGGAGAACGCCACUCAUCUGAUAGAUCUGUACAUGGAGCAACCGGAUGUGUCCAGAGAUAUAUAUGAAACAUUGUCAAAUAACUAUCAAGCUACCUGCCGUUCCUCUCACACUCCAAAUCCCACCAGACUACACUGCCGAUAUAACUCCACCACUACGCCAUUUCUGAAAAUAGCACCUUUGAAAAUGGAGGAGAUUUCCCUGGACCCGUAUAUCGUUGUCUACCAUGAUGUUUUGCCCGACGGGGAUAUUUCGGAAGUUCUACGCUUGAGCGAGACUAAACUGGAACCUGCGCAGGUUGUUUCUACUCCACGGACCUCAAACAAUGUAAAGUUUCGAACCGCGUUGGGAUCUUGGUUGCCAGACUAUGAGGAAGUCGUCAAGGGACCGCCUAAGGGACCACUUUAUGGACGCCUUAGAAAUAUAUUGCGGGAUGUUACAGGACUAGUAAUCUGGGAUUACCAGUUUUUUCAGGUGCUAAAAUAUCAAUUCGGAGCUCAUUAUGCCCAGCAUCACGACUAUUUUAACAUGUCGCUGAAAUCUACGGUACUUCAAGGAGAUCGCAUCGCCACCGUUUUGUUCUAUCUUAAUGAUGCCCCUCACGGUGGUGCUACGGUGUUUCCCAUGCUAAACGUUAAAGUGCCUGCCGAAAAAGGAAAGAUCUUGUUUUGGUAUAAUCUAAAGGGAGAGACCCACGACUUUGAUGAAAAAACACUCCAUGGGGCCUGUCCUAUAUUCCAUGGUACCAAACUGGCCAUGACUGCUUGGGUAUCCGAAUAUGAUCAAAUGUUUAUUCAACCUACACUUCGUCCAGGAACUCGACCAGGAGAGAUAUAUAAAUAGCACCAAAUAAUUAUAUUUAAGGGCUUAUUUUUUGCAUCCACUCUAACACAAAAACCUUAUUAUUUUCAGAUGAAUAUAAAUCUUCAAAAAACGAA